UGCUAAAAAUACCCGGCCAGGGAGCCAUAAAAGCCCGGCCGAGCCCAGCGCCCGGCACUUCUCCGAACCUCAGUCGGACGCGCCGAGUGGAGCCAGCAUGACCGAGCGCCGCGUGCCUUUCUCGCUCCUGCGGAGCCCCAGCUGGGACCCUUUCCGCGACUGGUACCCGGCCCACGGCCGCCUCUUCGAGUCGGCCUUCGGGCUUCCGCGGCUGCCGGAGGAGUGGUCGCAGUGGUUCGGCACCAGCGGCUGGCCGGGCUACGUGCGGCCGCUGCCCCCAGCCGCGGUCGAGGGCCCCGGGGCGGUGGCCGUGCCCGCCUACAGCCGCGCGCUCGGCCGGCAGCUCAGCAGCGGCGUCUCGGAGAUCCGGCACACGGCCGACCGCUGGCGCGUGUCCCUGGACGUCAACCACUUCGCCCCCGAGGAGCUGACGGUCAAGACCAAGGACGGCGUGGUGGAGAUCACUGGCAAGCACGAAGAGAGACAGGACGAGCACGGGUACAUCUCCCGAUGCUUCACCCGCAAAUACACGCUGCCCCCCGGUGUGGACCCCACCCUCGUCUCCUCCUCCCUGUCCCCUGAGGGCACGCUCACCGUGGAGGCCCCGAUGCCCAAGCCAGCCACACAGUCGUCGGAGAUCACCAUCCCUGUCACUUUCGAGGCUUGUGCCCAGCUUGGGGGCCCGGAAGCUGGGAAGUCUGAGCAACCUGAAGCCAAGUAAAGGCCUUAGCCCUGCUGCCGACCUCCCAGUAGCCAUCCCUGGCCACCCCUGUCUGCCAGCCUGUAUGUUCUUUUGAUACGUUUACCUUCUGUUUUUCUCAAAUAAAGUUCAAAGCAACCACUA